UCCAGUUCGUUGGAGCGCAAAUCAAAUCGUUAACGCCCAUUGAAAAGGAUACGCGCGCGCGACAAACCAUCAACAAUUACCUUGGAUAUGUGUAUAUGUAUACAGGAUUAAAAUUACAUAAGUGCUAAUAAAUGUCCAAUGUGAUAAGGACCUUAAUAUGUAGUUGAAUCGAAGACUUCGAAAUAUAUUUUAUUAACAAUUUUUAAUUAAGAAUUAUCAAAAAAGAGAGUAUGAAGAUUCAAUUAGCGCUAUUGUGCUUUUGUAGCACAGUGUGGGCGAGUACAAAACCAAUCGUUAUACCAGACUGCGUACUCGCAGCGUCAGCUGGUUAUGCUUACCCUCCGCCAAACGUGCAACUAUCAGUGACUCCCGCAAGAGCUAAAUAUAAAAUUCCUUUGUCAUUGGGAAGUCAGUCGGAUAGUGGAUAUCUAAAUGUUGAUACAGUGAAAUCAUCCGAAUCAUAUUAUGAAAGCGAAGUUGGAGUAUCUCGGGUUGGACUGGGUGAUAAGUUAUUGCAAAUAUCAACCAAUGCUGCGCCAAAGAAUGGAGGUAUUACAUAUGCAGAUCAGCCUCUUAAAACUUCUGGGCUCAUCCAGCAAGACAUUGAAUUAAAAAAUUUGCUUACACCUUCCAUUUCUAAAACAGUGCUCAUACCACCCAAAGUGGAGGGAAUAUCAAACGCAUACCUACCGCCUGUCGCAACCGUCGAAUCAAAAGUAACCAAAAUUGGAGCUCUUACUUCGCCUGGAUUAUCAAAGACUUAUACUACAAUACCGAAUCUCAAAUUCCAAAGCUUCACAUCACCUGCUGGGUCGAAAAGUUCUGAAUAUGAAUCAUCGGAAUACUCAUACUAUCAAUCUAGCCCAACGAUCUCGAAAGCUUCCACAUAUGUCACACCAUUCCAAGCAGGACAACUAAACUCAUACGCGCCUGCAAUAUCCUAUAACACUCCAUACACUCAAAAGUUAACAAAUCCCUUAAUAUCCACAUCUCUCACUAAAUUGGAUGGAAAUCUGCUAACCGAGAAAGCGUUCUCGUCGCUUGGAUCUUACUCGUACGCACCGCAUAUAUCAAGCACUUACCUUUCAAGUACACCCGUUUCGCAAUAUACUCCACUGUCAGUGGGAUAUUCGUCAGGCUUGAAAGCGGGAGCAUAUCAAUCGCAAUACGUAACAUCUGGUGUAGAUUUAUCUAAAUAUGGUGCUGGUGGACCAACAUCAAGCCAAUACAUUUCGAAACCAAUACAACAAAUUAGUUAUGCCGCUCCAGCUAUUCAAAAGAUUGCAAUAACUAAUGUACCUGCGCCAGUCAUUACAAAAUACUCUGGCCCCGUAUCAAAUAUCGUUAGCUACGCAGCUCCAAGCGCUAAAUCUGUUAUUUCAAGUGGGGCAUAUUCCCAUCAACAAGUAUCAAAACCAGUAUCUUCAACAGCAUAUGUUUCAGGAGUUGUAACUCCAGCAGUUACACCAGCAAUUGCUCACUACCCAGUGGCUGCAGCCGAGGAAUCUGGUUAUAGUAGUGAAAAGUAUAGUACGAAUGGAGCUAUAUCUCACCAAUUUGUUUCCAAGCCAACACAAUCAGUGAGUUUCGUUAGUCCAAGCGUAUCUAAAGUGGCUGCCAUAACAACACCACUUGUAGCACCAGCGGUUGCUCAGUACUCUUCCGGUCUUACCUUGAAUAAAGAGGUAGGUUAUGCUGUUCCCUCUCUUUCAUCUCUCUCUACCGGAUCUCCGUCUCUUAAGUAUGCAAGUGGUGGAGCAGUUUCUCAUCAGUAUGUCUCGAAACCUUUGCAGACUGUGGGCUAUGCAACUACACCGGUAGCUAAGGUACCUGCCAUUGCUAUUCCAGCCGUAUCUACAGUAACAGCUGCCGCUGCUCCCACGGUUACGCAAUAUUCUACAGGUCUUGGAGUUUCUCAACAUGGCAGUUAUACUGCUCCCUCAGUUACAGUGUAUUCUUCAGGCCACGGAAUUUCGAGUAGCGGCGUUUCUCUUCAACAUAUUUCAAAGCCUAUACAACCACUUGUCCAAACAUAUACAGCUCCUGUGAUAAGUAAGGUCGCAGCUACGGCUCCAAUAAUAACGUCCGGCAUAACACAAUAUUCUUCAGGUUCUGGCUUAUCGUCUAUCCACUCAGGCUCUCAAUCUGUUAAAUAUUCAGGCGGUGGCGCAGUUUCUCAUCAGUAUGUUUCGAAACCCUUGCAGGCAGUAAGCUAUGCCCCUGCACCGGUAGGUAAAGUACCAGUAGCCAGCAUUCCAGUAGUUAGCAAAGUUGCAACUUACGCUGUACCGUCAAUUACACAAUUUUCUUCUGGGCUCGGAGUUUCACAACAUGGCCACUACGCCGGUUCAGGUCAAGGAAUUUCUGCUGGCGCAGUUUCUCAUCAAGAGAUCUCCAAACCUAUACAGACAUUAACUUAUUCAGCUCCCACGAUAUCCAAGGUUUCAGCAAUUUCACCAGUUAUAAAACCAGCUGUAACAGCUAUCCAGUUGGAAACACAAUCCGCCAAAUAUACAAGCAGCGGAGCAGUCUCGCAUCAAUAUGUUUCGAAACCCGUACAGACUUCAAGUUAUGCCGCAGUCCCCUUAACUAAAGUUGCUCCCGUCACUUCGCCUACGCUUUCACAAUAUAAUUCUGGUCUCGGAGUAUCUAAAAUUGUCAACUAUGCUGCACCAGCCGUAUCGUCUAUCACUAGCAGCAACUAUGCGUCAUACGGCUCCUCGGGAGGAAUUUCACAUCAGCCUUUGACAUAUUCGGCCCCUGCAAUAACUAAAGUCGCUGCCGCGGUACCUGUAAUAAAUCCCGUAGUAACACAAUACACUUCAGGCUCUGGGUUAUCGUCUAUUCAUUCGGGAUCUCAAUCUGUCAAGUAUGAAGGUGGCGGCGCAAUUUCACAUCAAUACGUUUCGAAACCUAUACAACCUUUAGCUUAUUCAACUCCAGUGAUUGGCAAAUCUAUACAGACAGUGAGCUAUGAAGCUGCACCAGUUGCGAAGAUACCAACCGUUGCAGUCCCUGCUAUUGCUAAAGUGGGAACUUAUGCCGCACCUGCUAUUACCCAGUAUUCUGCUGGUCUCGGAGUUUCCCAACAUGGUGGUGCAGUUUCACAUCAAUAUGUUUCAAAACCUAUACAACCUUUGACGUAUUCAACUCCAGCAAUAGGCAAAUCUAUACAAACAGUGAGCUAUGAAGCUGCACCAGUUGCGAAGAUACCAACAGUUGCAGUCCCUGCUAUUGCGAAAGUGGGAACUUAUGCCGCACCUGCGAUUACCCAGUAUUCUUCUGGUCUCGGAGUUUCCCAACAUGGUGGUGCAGUUUCACAUCAAUAUGUUUCAAAACCUAUACAACCUUUGACGUAUUCAACUCCAGCAAUAGGCAAAUCUAUACAAACAGUGAGCUAUGAAGCUGCACCAGUUGCGAAGAUACCAACAGUUGCAGUCCCUGCUAUUGCUAAAGUGGGAACUUAUGCCGCACCUGCGAUUACCCAGUAUUCUUCUGGUCUCGGAGUUUCCCAACAUGGUGGUGCAGUUUCACAUCAAUAUGUUUCAAAACCUAUACAACCUUUGACGUAUUCAACUCCAGCAAUAGGCAAAUCUAUACAAACAGUGAGCUAUGAAGCUGCACCAGUUGCGAAGAUACCAACAGUUGCAGUCCCUGCUAUUGCUAAAGUGGGAACUUAUGCCGCACCUGCGAUUACCCAGUAUUCUUCUGGUCUCGGAGUUUCCCAACAUGGUGGUGCAGUUUCACAUCAAUACGUUUCGAAACCUAUACAACCUUUGACGUAUUCAACUCCAGCGAUUGGCAAAUCUAUACAAACAGUGAGCUAUGAGGCUGCACCAAUAGCAAAAGUACCAACCGUUGCACUCCCGGCUAUUGCGAAAGUGGGAACUUACGCCGCACCUGCAAUUACACAGUAUUCUUCUGGUCUCGGAGUUUCCCAACAUGGUGGUGCAGUUUCACAUCAAUACGUUUCCAAACCUAUACAACCUUUGACGUAUUCAACUCCAGCAGUUGGCAAGAUCGCUGCUGUAUCCCCAGUGUUAACACCAGUUGUAACUCAAUACCCUUCGGGCUCUUCAUCUAUCCAUGCGGGUGCUCAAUCCGUGAAAUACGGAAGUAGUGGAGCGAUUUCUCAUCAGUAUGUUUCGAAGCCUUUACAAACCAUUAGCUAUGCAGCGUCACCGCUGGUAAAAACCCCUGCCGUUGCUAUCCCAGCAGUUGCAAAAGUAGAAGCAUAUCCCGCACCCACUGUGACAAAAUAUUCCUCUGGCCUUGGAAUUUCACAACAUAGCAGUUAUGCUACUGCUCCCGCCGUUUCAGCCAUACGUACAGGUGUACAACCAGUUAUAUACUCGGCCCCUGCUAUAACCAAAGUCGCUGCACCAGUCGUAGCGCCAAUUGUAACGUCUGGUCUCACCCAAUACUCUUCAGGCUCUGACUUAACUGCCACACAUUUAGGAUCUCAAUCAGUAAAAUAUGCAAGUGGUGGUGCAGUUUCCCAUCAAUACGUUUCCAAACCUUUGCAAACCGUAACCUAUGCGACGGCACCAGACGUUUCAGCUUUAAAUUAUGCCAACCCGUCGAUUAAGUCGGUUAAUUUGGGAGCGCAGUCUGUAAAAUAUGCCGGUGGCGGUGCUAUAUCCCAUCAGCUCGUUUCGAAGCCGUCGCAACCACUUCUAUUUGCAACUCAAGCAGCUACAUUGACAACUUCUGCUAAAGAUUACCUUGCGCCAACACUUGAUAUAACAAAAUCGUCAUCCUAUCCACUACCAGGCGUAAUAUCCAUACAUUCCAGCACUGGGUCAGCAAAAUACGGUUCCAGUGGAUCUGUUUCUCAUCAAUACAUCUCCAAGCAGCCCGCCAUUGCAGUAAGCAAAAUAAAUCCUUACUCAGUGCCAGCCAUCACGCCAGUUAUAUCUACUCCUGCGUUAGCAAAAGUAGCAACAUAUGCCUCGCCAGCCUUAUCAGCAAUCCAUUCAAGUACAGGUUUAGCUAAGCUGUCAAGCAGUGGUGCUAUAUCUCAACAAUACUCCAGUAUAUCUACUAAAGCAGGUAUCGGUGGAUAUGCAGUUCAGAGUUCACUUGGCAGUUUAGGUUUGGGUAAAGAUCUGACCAAUGCAGCGCUCCUACACCAACAGAAAAUUCCUAUUGUAGCAAACUUGGCGCAACCCGUUUAUGGCAAAUCUGGCUUGAGUUAUUCCGCUUCAACACCGCUAACAUCAACUGGGUAUUCAACAAUACCUUCGGCGCACGGCGGUCCAUAUUAUGGAGCAAUAGCAUUGGGACACACCGGGUUGUCACCGAUCUUGAAACUUGGUGGAACUGGGCCAUCAUCUCUACACGGAGUCGGCGGCAGUUUAAGUUUAUCGCCAUUAAAAUACAGUACAGUCCAAGGGAGUUUGCCUAUUUUAAAGGACCAGAGGGAUCUACUUAGUGGCUAUGCGCACGGAGUUGGAGGUAUUGGUCCGCUUGGCGCUGGACUCUAUCGAUAUGCACCAUCAAUCUCACCUUUACUAGCGCAUAGUACUAGCCCCGCAACUUAUCUGAAGACACAACCUGCACUCAAAAUACAACCAGCUGUUAUCAAAACGAUUCCAGAAAAACACUAUGAACAUUAUAGUGACCAUGCUAGAUAUGCCUUCGAGUAUGGCGUAAAUGACCCAUAUACAGGAGAUAUAAAGCAUCAGAAGGAAGAACGGGAUGGAGAUGUUGUAAAAGGCGAAUACUCUCUGGUGGAGCCCGAUGGUAAUGUUCGCACCGUUAAAUACUAUGCCGAUUGGGAGACAGGAUUCCAUGCUGAAGUCAUUAAUAGUCGAGAUUCCGGCAAAUUAGUCACAAAACGGAGUUCAAAAAAAUCGUGAAUAUUGUUAAGAUUAUGAAAGAAAUUUUAGUUAAAUACACUCAUCAUCAUUUUGUAUCAUCUCUUACGUAUUUGUAGUUAGUUUAAAAAAUGUCAUCAAUGUACAGAGAAAUGUACAUUUGUGAAAAACCAUUACAGCGCAAUGUUAUUCCAUACACUCGUAUGUAUGUACAUAUGUAAACCUAGACCUUCGGAUAAAUAUGUAUAUUAUUUCUUCUUGUUUUGUAGCGGCUCCGUUAAAGCAUUUUUCAAAAAAAUCGAGUCUAGAUCACAAUAAGUAUGUGUACAACAAUAUUUUCCCAAGCAUGUCUUCUUCAUGAUUUUCCAGUUUUCAACCGAUAAAGGCCAUUGUAAAUAAAAAAUAAAUAAAAUACGCGCAUA